AUGAGUGCUGGCCCCCAGCUGCAGCUGGCUGUCCUCUGGCCUUGGCUGCUAAUGGCUACACUGCAGGUCAGACUUGGCCUUACUGGGCUGGCAGUGGCAGCGGCAGUGGAGUCAGAGAGAUCAGCAGCACAGAAGGCUAUCAUUAGGGUGAUCCCCUUAAAAGUGGAGCCAAUCACAUUGGAAGGAGUGUUUGCUGAUGUUGCUGAGGUUACUCCAGCAGAAGGAAAACUGCUGCAGUUCCACCCGCUGUCUCUGUGUAACACCAGUGAGGAUGAGCACACCAGCUCUGGAUUUGUCACUAUUGUCAAACUCGAGCGACCGGAUCGAGAUCUCCACCCCUGUCUGUCAUUGGACAACAAGGCGAAGCUAGCAGGGGAGCGGGGGGCUCGUGCCAUCCUCUUCGACAUCACGGAUGAUGAAAGCGCUGCUGACCAGCUGAGGAAACCCAGAGGCCUGAGUCAGCCUGUGGUUCUGAUCCGGGGCCAUGACGCUGAGCUUCUGAUGGGCGUUGUGAACAAGAAUCGAGAAGCACAUGUGAAGAUUGAGGUUAAACAGCAGCCAGCAUGGCCAGACUAUGAUGUGUGGAUUCUUCUCACAGUGCUGAGCACUGUCAUCGUGAUCAUUCUGAUUUUUGUUGUUCGCACCAAGUGUCACUGGAACAGGACUCAGGACUCCUUGCAGCAGCAGACCAUGCAGGCGAUCAGCCAGCUGGCCAUCCGGAAGUACCAGGCCCGGUGCCAACAGGAUGCCCUAAGGGAUUCGGCCAGCAGCUGCAGCUCAGCCCCCAUCUGUGCUAUCUGUCUGGAGGAGUUCAGUGAGGGCCAGGAGCUGCGGAUUAUUUCCUGUUCCCAUGAGUUCCACAGAGAGUGUGUCGACCCCUGGCUACAGCAGCACCACACCUGCCCGCUCUGCAUGUUCAAUAUCAUUGAGGGGGCUGCCUUUGCCCAGCCUGCGCAUUUGAGGCAGAAUCCCCAGGACCUGGAACCCGGGCAGCGGCUUCACCUCUUCCGGCAACACCCAGGACACGCCCUGUAUCGCCUCCCAGAGGCCCACCCCCAGAGGCGGCUCAGAAACUUUGCUUCGCAGCUCCCCCAUGGCAACCCCUUCUUCCAUUCCCCAGAGCUCUCCCAGUUGGAUUUAACCACCAUGCACUAUAUGCCAUACAGGCCAGUGGGCUCCAUGGCCACAUGCAGCCAUCAGCCCUCUCUAGCCCAAGGCCUAGGGAAUGAGCAGCACCGAAAAUCUCCAGCAUGUGGGCAGAUGCCAUCUUCUCACAGGACCUGCCCACUUCAGCACCAGGCCCGUUGCCUGGGAUUCAGGACGGCGGUAGUACCAAGACAGCACCAUGCUGCCCCUCUUCGUCGGGGAACCAGUCAUGGGAGGCAGCAGAACAGCAGUGGCUCAGGGGAGAGCUAUCUCACAUUGCACAGUGGGUACCUGGCUGAUGGUCCAGGCAGUGACUCCAGCUCCGGACCCUGUCAUGGCUCCUCCAGUGAUUCUAUGUUGAAUUGCACAGACGUCAGCCUUCAGGGCAUCCAUGGUAGCUGCUCCACUUUCCGCAGCUCCCUGAGCAGUGACUACGAUCCCUGGGUGUACUGUAGCUCCACUGACAAUGGCCAGGAGCAGCUGCAGUCUCCAGGGGAGCCAAGGCUAAGGUCUUUGGACUUGAAGGAGACCGGCAGCUCUGCGUUAGCCAAGAGUCAGAUACUGACUCAUGUCCAUUAUCACCACCACAGGCACCAUCACUACAGGAAGGACCCAGAGUGUCCGUCUGGGAGAUCAGGCCAGGAACCCAGCCAGCAUAAGCCCUGGUUUUCGGGGGCCGUGCACAGUGCUCGGACACAAAAGAGGACUGAGAAAACUCGUCACUGCAAACAGCCUCUUGAAAGCAGCCCAAUGUCCCAGGAUGCAUCUCUGUCAGGACAGCCCUCCUGUGUGCAUCAGGGACCUGACCACUCAAAGCACCUCUCCUCUUCUGCAGAUGGGUCUGACUUCAGCUGGGUGGCCAGUAAGCAAGCUGGAACAACUGGUCCAUUGCCUUUCCCAAUGUUACAGAAACAUGGCUUACAAAGCCGUCACCCCAGAAGGAAACGGAAGUGCCGCCCGGAGCCUGCCCUGGCUCACCUCUCAGAGGACUCAGACAUGCACAAAGACUGCAAUGUUCACAUUCACUAUGGCCACUCCCCUAGCUACUGCUGCUCCCCAGACGUUCAGCCACUGUUGCCAACAGCCCCUAUGCCCUAUUGCUCAGGCUCUCAGGUGGUUUGGAAGUGCCUAGUCCCGCCCUCCAACUUGGAGUCCCAGCAGCAGGACAAGGACCUAUCAGAAUGGGAGGGGAAACCCAUGUAUCCAGUUGAUUUCUCAGGGACAGGCACCACAGAAGGCAACACGAGUCUUUACCUCCCCUGCCAAACUCUGCAACACAAUCAGGGAUCCAAGGAGGAGAUCCAAGAUGUGUACGAACAUUCUGUUUAAUGAAAGAUGAACUCAUCUGCAUACUACAGAGAGCCAGAGUGGACAAAACAUUCAGGAAAUGAACAAGAACUGGAAUCAGUGACUUAUUUCCUGUAUCUCUGAGCAGGUAGUGGAGUAACAGUCCUAGUCUGCCCCACACUGAGAAACAAAAUGUGCUGGUAACCUCCAUGAUGCCCCCUCCUGCCUGCUCCCCGCCCACAUUACCAUAUUGUGGUCACACAAAACCACCACUGCUCUCUCCUUUUAAGGCACAGACAGCACACACUGAUCAGAAGACACUCUGGGGGCAUGGACUUAUUCAUUCCAACCCUGUGUCCAAUGUUCGUUAUCUGGAGAGCCUGCUGGGUAGACAUAAACUGGUAUUUUGGCAUGGUCACAAACCUGUGGGAGUUUGGAGGCUUUUGGAAAUGUUUUGGAAAUGGGCAGACCUGUGAGACUAAAAGCUGAAGAGAUGACAUUAUAUAGCCAAAUAGCUCCUGCCUUUUUCAUUUCCUCACUUAGGUCAAAGUCAGGCCAGCCUACUUCACUAACCCUGAAUACUCUUAUUUAAGCUUAAACUUAAGCACAGGAUACUCUCUUCCAUUUCUACACUGCAGGAGCUCUCUUAGGUCCUGACCCUGCAAGAUGCUUCCACUGACUGCAAUGGGAAUUGAGGGUCCCUGCCACUUGGCAAUUAACUGUCCUUCAGCUGAGGCCAGGGUGGGCACAACUUGUAAUUUUGCCUAUCCUAGGAUCUAGCUGGAGGAGCAGUGAGGACAUUCCAGAUUCUGCUAGCAUUUCCAGGAAAGAGCUGGGGCUGAGAAUCUUCUCAGAAUCCAUUACGUUACCUGGAAGUGUUAUUGGAUUCCUCAUUCAUCACUUCAGUCCUAGCUUAAUUAUCAAAGUAGUUAUAAGGCCAGCCCUAUAACUGUGCUCAGUAGCUCACUUACAGUGCAUGUUUCAAAGCCUCUCUAAGCAUCUUUCUGGAAAGCAUGGGAAUCAUGGAGAAAUGAGAGACUGUCCUCUUAAUCCAUUAGCCAGCAGGAGUCCUCCUCCUGCCUUCCUCAUCAUGAUCAUUGCCAUCAUCAUCACCUGGCAUAGUGAGACGCACACUGGAGUCCCUGGGAAAGCACCUGGGACAGUAAAUGCUCAGGAGAGCCCCAGCUAACAUUUCUGGAAUCUUAAGAUGUUUUCAGUGACCUGCAAAUGAAUUCUUCAAAAUCAGCUGUGUCCUGUUCUAGCUUCUUUCUGGUGGAGGCAGAUGGCUGGAAAAAACAAAGAGGGUUUUUUCUUGUUGCUUGCAUUUACCUUAGAAAUCCAGGAAUUCAUGGAUUCACAAGUAUUAAGGCCAGAAGGAAGCAUUAUGAUCAUCUAAUCUGAGUUCCUGUAUAACACAAGCCAGAGAAUGUCACUCAGUGAGUCCUGCAUCAAACCCAUGAUUUCUUAUUGGAACAUAAGAACACAGAACAUAGGACUGGAAAGGACCUUCCGGGUCUUUGACUCCUGUCCCCAGCUAUCGCAGCCAACCCUGUCAGAUAAUCCCAUUCAUAUAUGUAUCAAUCUACAUUUUAAAACCAGUGACGUUGUUUGGCCCCACUACUCCUCUUGGAAGGCUGUUCCAGAAUCACACUGCUCUAGAACUGAGCUAGAGCAGAUUUGUUAGAAAGAUAUGCAUAUUAAAUUUGACCUCAGUUCAGUAUACAACUGUGGUCAAAAAAGCAAACAAGAUGCAUAUAGAAUGGCACUGAGAAUAAUACAGAAGCUAUUAUAAUGCCAUUAUAGAACUCAGUUGGUGCAGCUUCCCCUGGACAUGGUGCAGCUCUGAUCAGCCCUCUCAGAAAGGAUUUUGUGGAAGUGGAGGGUUUCAGAGGGCAAGGGUGAUGAGAAUGAACAGAGACUGGAAAAACUCUCAUGUGAAAAGAGAUUGGAAAGAUUGGGAUUGUUACCUUAGCGAGGAGACAGAUCAGACUAAUGAAUGGUCUGGAGAAGGGAAAUCGGGAUCUUCUGCUCUCCCUGUCUUACAGCACAAGAACAAGGGGCCAUAUGAUGAAAUUAAAAGGUGUGAUAUUCAAAAUUGAUCAAACAAAAUACUUUUUCACACAAUGCAUAAUUAAUCGGUGGAACUCGCUGCUACAAAAAGUCAUUUAAGGAUUUAGCAAGAUUCAGAAUGGGGUUGGACAGUUAUAUGGACAUGAGAAACACCCAGAGUUCUCAUGCUAAUGAGAAUGCUGGAAGGGAUAUUAGUCCCCCCGCCCGUGCUUCAGGGCUGAAGCCAGUUUCUAACUACAGUAGAACCUCAGAGAUACGAACACCUUGGGAAUGGAGGUUGUUCAUAACUCUGAAAUGUUUGUAACUCUGAACAAAACAUUAUGGUUGUUAUUUCAAAAUACGGCUUUGAAACUUUACUACGCAGAACAAAAAUGCUGCUUUCCCUUUUUUUUUAGUAGUUUACGUUUAACACAGUAUUGUGUUAAACGUAUUAUUUUAUCUCUGCUGCUGCCUGAUUGUGUACUUCUGCUUCCAAAUGAGGUGUGUGGAUCACUGGUCAGUUCGUAAACUCUGAUGUUCUACUGUAGGAGAGACCAGGCCGAGACCUGAUGUGGGGGCAGAUUUUCCCACAGCUGCUACCGUGAGGUGUGUGCACCCAGGGGCGGCAGGUUUGUAUAAUUUUUGGUGGUGCCCAGAAUGGGUCCAAGUUCCACCCCCCGACACACCUGCCUAAGGCUCUGG